AUGGGAUCCGCGACCGCAACUUCUCCGCUCGCCGGCGGCGAUGCUGCUGCCCUGCGAAAGAGCGGCUCUGCCUGUUCCUGCAGACAGCGGCUCCGUCAGGGUAGGGAGAGCGGUUGGUGUUUGGGUAGCCUUGGGGCUAUGUCUGUCGGUAACCUUACACGGCUGUGUAAAUUAGGAACUAGUGUUAAAGAGAAAAAUUAUGAGCGUGAGGAUGUUGCGAGAGCAAUUGAGUUACUGGAGAAACUGCAAGAAUCUGGAGAAGUACCAGUACACAAGCUACAGUCUCUAAAGAAAGUGCUGCAGAGUGAGUUUUGUACAGCGAUCAGAGAGGUGUAUCAAUACAUGCAUGAAACCAUAACUGUUAAUGGCUGCCCCGAAUUCCGAGCCAGGGCCACUGCAAAGGCCACAGUUGCUGCAUUUGCUGCAAGCGAAGGCCAUUCACACCCACGAGUGGUGGAGCUGCCAAAAACUGAUGAAGGCCUGGGCUUUAAUGUCAUGGGAGGAAAGGAACAAAAUUCACCUAUUUAUAUUUCUCGCAUCAUUCCUGGAGGAGUGGCAGAAAGACAUGGUGGGCUCAAACGUGGGGACCAGCUGCUUUCAGUUAAUGGAGUGAGUGUGGAAGGAGAGCACCACGAGAAGGCGGUGGAGCUGUUGAAGGCGGCUAAGGACAGCGUCAAGCUGGUGGUACGCUACACUCCCAAGGUGCUGGAGGAGAUGGAGGCUCGCUUCGAAAAACUGCGAACAGCCCGGCGCCGGCAACAGCAGCAAUUGCUCAUUCAGCAGCAGCAACAGCAGCAAACUACACAGCAAAACCAUAUGUCGUAG